AUGAUGGACAAAGGCAGCGUCGACUACUCGCUCUACCUGGUGACGGACUCGACGCCCGCCAUCCUCGGCGACAAGGACCUGUGCCAGGUCGUCGAGGCGGCCCUCAAGGGCGGCGUCACCUGUGUGCAGUUCAGGGACAAGAAGAGCGACACGGGUGACCUGGUCGCAACGGCCCGGAGGCUGCACGCCAUCACACAGAAGUACGGCGUCCCGCUGCUCAUCAACGACCGGGUCGAUGUGGCCCAGGCCGUCGGCUGUGAGGGUGUGCAUAUCGGGCAGGACGAUAUCGACCUAGCCACUGCGAGGAAGAUUCUGGGGGACAGGGCCAUCAUCGGCGUCACGGCAAGCAACAUCAACGAGGUCCAUGAGGCGGCCACGGGAGGCGCGGACUACCUGGGGAUCGGGACCGUCUUCGCCACGCCUACGAAGGAGAACACAAAGUCCAUCAUCGGCGUGGACGGCCUCCAGCAGCUGCUCGGGUACCUGCGCACGUCGGGGUCUCCGGUUAAGACGGUGUGCAUCGGCGGCAUCAACGCGACCAACGCUGCGCGCGUCGUGUGGCAGAGCGCCUCGCUUUCGCGGGGACUCGACGGCAUCGCCGUCGUCAGCGCCAUCGUGGCGGCCGCGGACCCGGAGGCCGCGGCGCGGGAGCUGCGCCGCCUGGUCCGCACGCCGCCGCCCUUCGCCGCGUCCGUGCCCACCCCGGCGCAGGCGGGCCGGUCCGCCGCCGAUGUGCUGGCCCUGGUCCCGGACGUCGUGCGCCGCGUCGCCGAACGCCGGCCCCUGAGCCACAAUAUGACCAACCUCGUCGUUCAGAACAUUGCCGCCAACGUCGCGCUCGCCGUCGGCGCCAGCCCCAUCAUGGCCAACUACGGCGAGGAGGCGCGGGACCUGGCCGCGCUCGGUGGCGCCCUCGUCGUCAAUAUGGGCACGGUCACGCCCGAGGGCCUGCAGAACUAUUUGAAGGCGCUUCGGGCGUACAAUGAUGCCGGAGGGCCGGUGGUCUUCGAUCCCGUUGGCGCCGGCGCUACCGCGGUCCGCCGCUCCGCGACCAAGACGAUCCUCAACGGGGGCUACAUCGACGUGCUCAAGGGCAACCAGUCCGAGAUCCUGACGUGCACGCCGGCGGGGUCGCGGACGCAGCAGCGCGGCGUCGACUCGGCGGCCGACGGGUCGCGGAGCCAGGCCCAGCUCGCCGCCGCCGUCCGCGACCUGGCGCAGCUGCGCCGCAACGUCGUCGUCAUGACCGGCAAGACAGACCUCGUCACCGCGGGUGGCGCUGUCCUCGCCGUCGACAACGGCCACGAGUACCUCGGCAUGGUCACCGGCACCGGCUGCUGCCUCGGCACCACCGUCUCGGCCAUGGUCGCCGCCUGGCCCGAGGACAAGCUGGCCGCCACGGUUGCCGGCCUGCUGCUGUAUGAGAUUGCCGCUGAGAUUGCCGCUGAGCGGAGCGAUGUCAAGGGCCCUGGGACGUUCGUACCCGCUUUCUUAGAUGAGCUGUACAAUAUGAGACAGGCAACUGUGAACGGGGAUCUGUCCUGGUUAAAACGGGCUCGUGUCAGUGUCGUAGAGCAGUAA